CAAAGCCGCGGCCCGCGGACACAAGAAGAGCGAGAGGCAACGAACCAACCCGCUCGGACGGGUGAGCGGCGCGUGUGGAGGAAGCAGCACACGCAGAGCGGCGAGACGCGGACCGGGUCGCCGUGACGAAGAGAGGAGGCCCAUGAAGCCGCCGCCGCCGGAGGCGCUGCCCGGCGGCGCCGGCCUCUGGCGGCCCGUCGCCGCCGCUCGCGGGGGCGGAUGGGCCACGGCCGCCGCGCUCCUCCUCGUCGUGGUCUCCCACCUCGCCGCCCUCCUCGUUCGCCGCCGCCUUCGCCGUGGCGGCCGAAUCGCGCAGCCGGAGGCCGUCGCGGCGGCGCCCGCGCCGGCCUCCGCGUCCCCCGGCUCCGCCUCAGAGUUGGUUCCCCCGCUAGAGGGGCUCGUGACGGAGGACGAUCUGAGGCAGCUGGUGGGCAGCCUCGGCGUGGGCGCGCGCGAGCCGGAGACGGAGGGCUGGGAGCACGUGAUCUCCAAGGGGAACGACGAUGUCUCCUACAGGGUCUGGUGCGACAAGCCCACGGCUGGUCCUCCUAAAUAUCUAAGUAUUACAACAUAUGAGAGAUGCUCAACAGAGCAGUUGAGGGACUUCUAUAUGGAUAAUGAGUACAGAAUGGAGUGGGAUAAGACUGUCACAAAGCAUGAGCAGCUGCAGUAUGAUGAGAACAGUGGGGUGGAGGUAGGGCGAACGAUUAAGAAGUUUCCACUUCUGACACCAAGAGAGUACAUAUUGGCAUGGCGAGUCUGGGAAGCAAAUGACAAGUCUUUCUAUUGUUUUAUCAAGGAAUGUGAACAUCCUCUUGCUGUACGGCAGAAAAAGUUUGUUAGAGUGCGUCUUCUAAGAUCAGGAUGGUGUAUCAGGAAAAUCCCUGGCAGGGAUGCAUGCCAAAUCACAGUGCUGCAUCAUGAGGAUAAUGGAAUGAACAUAGAGAUGGCAAAGCUAGCCUUUUCCAAGGGCAUCUGGAACUACAUAUGUAAAAUGAACAAUGCUCUACGUCGCUAUCCUCAGCAUCGUAGUCCAUCAGUAUCGAUCCUGACCAUGCAAAGACUUACGAAGAAGUUUCCCCAGGACUUGGAGGCUGCCAUGAAUGCAAGUCUUCCAGCUUCCCAGACUACAGCAGCAACUGUUGUUCCUUCAACACGGACAUCACCAUGCAAGCUACCAGGUAAGAAGUCUUCUCGGCAAAUGAUCGCGAGCGGGCUUCUGCUGGUUGGAAGCAUCGUUUGCCUAUCUCGAGGCCGAUCCAACCUUGGUGCUCAGCUUGCGAUGGCCUUGUUCCUAAAGAAGGCCUUCAAGCAAGAGAGAGAAUCAGGUUCAUCAACAUCAAGGGGGAAAACAAACGUGACUAGAUCCAGGCGGUAGCAGCAGUAUUGGUUUAAGCCAUGGAGACUACCUAUUAUUAGUAUUAACGUGAAUUAGAAAAAAUGGCUACACUCUGCUUGAAUGGAUACUGAUUGUAAAGAGUUUUUCCUGCACGAAAUUAUGUAAAUAAUCGUUUUGAAAUAACUACAAAUAUGCACACGGUAAAAUUUUGUUAUUUCAUCGAGUUGAUGCGAAUAUGUUUUCCUGGAA